AUGGGUAUCCCGGAGACACUAGUGACCGACAAUGGGUCCCAGUUUACGUCGGAAGUAUUUCAAUCUUUUAUGAAAGGCAACGGCAGACGGCACAUCAACGGAGCUCCGUAUCACCCGGCAACCAACGGUCUUGCGGAACCAAGUGUUGUCCGGAAUUAUCGCUCAGGACGGAAAUGCAUGAAUACAGGGAGAGAUUGCUGUACAAAUAGGGCCUGUGUCAUACCGAGUCCGUGCAAACGAGAUAGUUUGGAGACGGCAUGCCGAUCAGAUGACCCUGGAUUUAAAGUCGAAGCUGAGUGUGAGGAAACUACCAAUGCUACACCUAACGAGAACUCAGUUAGCCGCCCUCCGGAUGACUUGCAGGAUGAAGUAGCGAUAACUAAGUUUUGA